AUGCUACCCAUAGGGGACCAGCAGCUCCCGUUUCGGGGCCACGCCAAGGCGUCUGGGGACAUCUGCCGCGGCGUCAUCAACAUCGACCCGGCUGCAUCGUCCUCGAGCAUCAAGCCGAAUCUGGAGUGGCCGAAAGGCACUAUCCUCGCGGCCCGCAAACUCGGGGACUCCAACGUGGCGGUUGUGACCUUCGAAGGCCCGAAGGUCCCGCGUUUCAUCUUCUACCGCUGCCAGGUGGCCUACGUCCGCCUCUAUAAGAAGACGGUUCCUGUAUGUUCUUGCUGCGGCACCAUUGGCCACAGGGCCACGGCUUGCCCCAGCCCCAAACCGGGCUUCUGCUCCCGCUGCGGCUCCCAGGUGCCUACCACGCCUGAGGGCCUCGCUCAACAUGACUGCCAACCCCGCUGCAUCCUGUGCACCGGGCCGCACGAAACCGGGGCACGGGGCUGCCCCGGCAAGUACCGUAAGCCUAUCAAGCCCUCCCAGCCGGUCUCUUCACACCCGGCCUCGCCACCACCUCGUACUCCCCAUCAAGGCCACGCGCCCUUGACUCAACCCAAGUCCGGCUCCCGGUCCAAGGCCCCGCCACCGGCUACUCCGGAACACUUCCCGCCACUCGCGGCUCCACCUCAGGUGAGUAGCUGGGCAGGGGUUGCCUCCAGGCCUCUCCCCUCCAUUCCCUCCGCUGCCCCCACCCCGCUUGAACUUACUCUCCAGCGGCAGAACUCCGAGCUUCAGCGCCAGGUCGCUGCUCUGGCCAAGCAACUCGAGUCCCUUCGCUCCCAACUCCUUCCCCCCCAACCCAAGUCGGCCCUUCCACUUGCCUCAGUGGCCGUUUCCCCCCAUCCCAACCCCAGUUCUUCUUCUCCCCCCGGGCCUCCCUCCCAGGAGCACCCGCAAACUCGGGCAGUCGCCGCCACGGUCUCGCAAGAUCCCUCCUCGGCCCUUCCCCCAAUUCAGGUCCCCCUGGAUGAUCUUCCUCCGAUCGAUACUACUCUUCCCAUUCAAGACCGUCUCACGGGUCUCGAACAACGCAGCCUUACCAUGGAGCGUGCACUACGAGCCCUACCCGAUCUGCUCAUUCAACGCAUCGGAGAGACCAUCGUGCCAAAAAUUACAGCUGAGGUUCUCAAGGCCGUCCAGAUAUGGGCGUGCUCUCAAUUCACGGUUCAAAAAGUCGCGCUCGCGCUCGGCGUCUCCCAACGCCACCCCGCGCCGCCGCAAACUCGCUGGGACCGCUAA